CACAAAAAAGUAAGCGUGAAACGCGUCGACGCGAGCAAAGCCCCCCUCGUCUCUCCCUCUCUGUCUCUCUCACUCUCUCUCUCUUUCUGUGCCCUGCUGGAGGCUAUGGCGACCGCGGCGUCCAACCACUACCGCCUCCUGACGUCGAGCGCGUCCGAAGCGGGAAGCAUGCAGCAGACGCCAGCUUACAGGGACGCGCCGAGCCUGCUGCACAGCGACUACACGACGCUCCAGAGCGCCGCCAAUCCACUCGGCCACGCGCACCAGUGGCUCGCGGCGCUCUCGCAAGGCGACGGCUCUCCGUGGUCCGAGCAGGACAUCAAGCCCGCGCUGCACGGCGACGCCGACGAGCUCCAGCACUCACCGAGUCUGCAGCCACAGCAGCAGCAACAACAGCAGCAACAGUCGCGAGCGGCUCAUUUGGUACACGAGGGCGCGCAUCACCAGGACCAUCACUGGAGGGCGAGCACAACGGCGCACAUGGCCAGCAUGACGAGUUCAAACGGACCGAGCAUGAUCUACUCGCAGCCGGGAUACGGAGGCGAGCAGGGCAUGCACCACCAUGCAAAUGCCCUGAGCGAGGCGCACGAGGAGCAACCGAGCCCGCGCAUCAGCGAGCACGGCCACGCGCCGAGCCUCCGCCCGGGCCAACACGAGCACUCGGACGACGACGUGCCCACGUCCGAUGAUCUGGAGCACUUCGCUAAGCAGUUUAAGCAGCGGCGCAUCAAGCUCGGCUUCACGCAGGCCGACGUGGGCUUGGCGCUCGGCACGCUUUACGGCAACGUGUUUUCUCAGACCACGAUCUGUAGAUUCGAGGCACUGCAGCUUAGCUUCAAGAACAUGUGCAAGCUCAAGCCUUUGCUGAACAAGUGGCUCGAGGAGGCCGACUCAACUUCGGGCAGCCCCACGAGCCUGGACAAAAUCGCCGCGCAGGGCAGGAAGAGGAAAAAGCGCACCUCCAUAGAAGUGGGUGUCAAGGGCGCACUGGAAAGCCAUUUCCUAAAGUGUCCUAAACCAGGUGCGGCAGAGAUUAACGCGCUGGCGGACAGUCUGCAGCUGGACAAGGAGGUCGUGCGGGUUUGGUUCUGCAACAGGCGGCAAAAGGAGAAGAGGAUGACGCCUCAGUGCGCCCCGUUAGCCGACAACAAGGACGUGUACGGGGACACACCGCCGCACCACGGCGAUCGGACACCGGUUCCGUGAUUUGGGGGGGGCGACGGGGGGAUUUUCCGUGAAUUUUUUUUCACCACCUGCACAAGCUCGGACCGUGUCUUUGUCUCCGCUAAAACGGCCCGUUCACGGUGGACCGAGCCGCACGAGAGCCUACGUGACACCGCAUAGGUGUUGCAUGUUGUUGCCCGAACAAUGCGGACAAGGGCGGGCGACGGGACGCAUGUGUCGCAUAAGAUGCUCGCGCUUCACGGAAACCCAAACAAGCGCGGGGCCAUGACAAAAACCGCUUCAUUCAAGCUUAGAAGCCGAAGGAUCUGUGAAAGCACGUCACAUCGGGUUGGAGCAGAGAGCUGAGGAAAGGGCGUUAAAACACGCCAUCUUCCCGUCAGGGCCACAAAACGUGUCAACACGCGCCGAUGCGGUGUCUGCCGUUCACUUAUCAUUAUUAUUAUUAUUAUUAUUAUUAUUAUUAUUAUUAUUAUUAUUAUUAUUAUUAUUAUUAAGCUAUUCUCCAACCUGAGCUUAGAGAUGUAAUGUGUUCAUUCUACCUCUUUUGUGUAGUUAAGCCUGACGCUGGUGUUUAGGUCUUGAUCAUAACAAAAGGCUGCUAAGUGCUGUUUCCCAACACUGCACACCGCAAACCAGUCCAGAUUUAUGCAGGUCACGAUUUCGCACUGCUGGUGUGCCGAACAGAAAUCCUUCUCAAUGUGAGCUAUGAUUACAUACCAGCAUUAAGACCAGUCUGCACAAAUGAAGGCUCUGUGCAUUAAAUUAGAAUUUAGGAGCAACCAACACAACACCCGCGUGCAGCAUUAUCUCAAGUGUCAUUAUAAGGACAUUUUCCAUUAGGGAUUUUAUAAGCUUAUUUUAAACUGAGUUUAAAAUUAAGUGCUGUUCUAAAGGCACAUGCAAAAGGGAAUCUGGUUAAAAUGAGCUUUCAAAAUGGGCUAUAAAAUGUGUAGAGCAUCAUGGUAUUGUCUGACAACAGAUGCCUGAAGAUUGUGACAAUUAAAUAAAGACAAAUAGAAUACCUUGAAGGUAGGUCUAGGCCAUGGAGAGUGUCUUUGUAGGUUAAUUAAUAAAACUAAACCAAAAUGAUUUACUAAAAAGAAACAAAUAUAGCUAUUUUUCCAACUAAAAAUCACGGGACAACAACAACAACAACAACAACAACAACAAUAAUAAUAAUAAUAAUAAUAAUAAUAAUAAUAAGCAGCAGCAGCAAAUACUCUAUUACUGACCACGUCUUACUGUGAUGGAUUUAAAUGAUCUAUAAAGCUCCUUAUUGCAGCGUCACCCUAAUGUAUAUUUAUACUUGUUUGUGUUUUGUAUUUAUCUCUUGUUUAGGCAACCAAAUUGUUCCUUUGACCCUUACUGUCAAUACUGUGCGCCUUUCCUGCCUUCUUUUUAUUGUCAAGAGAAAAUAUCCGACACCAGCCCUGUGCUCAGUGGAAAACAGUCAGUGGAAACCAUUCUGAUCACCAAAACAAUUCUUUGUCACAUUGAAAAUAAGGUUGCUAUAAGCUACUUGGGUUGUAUUAUUAUUAUUAUUAUUAUUAUUAUUAUUAUUAUUAUUAUUAUUAUUAGUUUUAUUUUUGGAUGGUUUUCUCGAUAUUGUUUGUACUUGUCCGCUUAUCUUGGCGCAGCCAAAGCACAACUUCGAUGUAGCCCUAGAGCCUGUGGGACGAGCAAUGAGUCUGGAUUUUUUUGAAAAAUACUUGACUGACAACUUGCACAAUUUUUAAUAUCUUUUUUGUCAUUAAAGGAAAUACUUGCUUUUACACAAUAUGCUAGUGCGUUAAUUAACAGUACAGAUGCUUUGAUUCCAUUAUUAUUAUUAUUAUUUUUAUUAUUAUUAUUAUUAUUUUUAUUAUUAUUAUUAUUAUUUUUAUUAUUAUUAUUAUUAUUAUUAUUAUUAUUAUUAUUAUUAUUAUUAUUAUUAUUCCAGGUGUGCUCAUGAUCCGUGUCGGUGAGACAUGGUGUUUGAAAUGUAAAUGAUUACAGACACGCCGUUUCUGUUUCUGCAGACAUGGCAAAUAUUCUGACUGACAACAUGACAGGCUUAAUGUGACCUAAGAUAAACUACAAAUAAGGUGUUAAGCGCAUGGGCUCUUCCUCAAACACUCGGGGCUUUAAAUCAGGGUAGCCAUGCACUACAGGUGAAGGUUUUGUAGAGGAAACCUAAAUCCGGACCCGACAUGAACACUGUAAGUGUUAAAUUCAACACUAUAGCCUGUAUGUUUUGCUGUGUACUGUGAUUUUUUAUUUUAUUUUAUUUUAUUUUAUUGGAUACUGUGAUAUACCGAGAAUCGUGAUUGUACAAUUAAUCAUAUCAUACCCACUCUUAAUUUGUAGAUCGCAAAUAACACCAAACAACAAGAAGAAAGAAAAGCUGUGAUUAAAGCUGUGACAC